AUGUUCUUUCCUUCAUUGAUCCUGGCUGCUGGCAGCCUGCCUACCCUCAUUCAAGCCAUUCCUCAUGGCGCGAAGCCCCAUCACUCUUUGCACCGGCGCGCCGCUGCCACCUAUGCUGUCAUGGGUGGUACUGGCGAGGUCUCUGACGGAUGGCCUUCCAUGAGCCAAUGGUCGGAGUACGAGACUCUCUGGGGUCUCAACCAAAUUCUCAUUGCCGCAUCAUGCGACAACUCUGAUGACGAAACAAGCGACAUUAACACUAGCAUCAAGUCGGUCGCCAGCGAAACUGGCGUUGAUCCUCGAUUCAUUCUUGCAGUUGUUAUGCAAGAAAGCAAGGGCUGCGUUCGCGUUCACACCACCAACAACGGUGUCCAGAACACUGGUCUCAUGCAGAGCCACGCUGGCGAGGGCUCCUGCAACAAGGACGGCAGCAAGACAACACCCUGCCCGUCCUCCAUGAUUAAGCAAAUGAUCCAAGACGGCACCGCUGGAACCAGCCAGGGCGACGGUCUCAAGCAGUGCUACGAGGCCCAGUCCGGCGGCGAAGCGGCCAAGUACUACAAGGCCGCACGUACCUACAACUCUGGCUCCAUCGACUCGUCCGGCAACCUCGGUCAGGGCAUCGCAACCCACUGCUACGCCUCCGACAUCGCUAACCGCGUCCGCGGUUGGGCUGGUGACGUGACCGAGUGUGUCGAAUCUACCAUUGGAACCCUUACUAGCGCCGUGGGAUCGGCCCUCGGUAGUGCCGACGACGACUCGAGCAGCUCCUCUUCCUCAACCGCUGCUGAGCAGCCUACGGAGACUGCUGAGCCUGUCGAGAGCUCUUCCUCGGUUGCUGCUGAACCUACCCAGGCCUCCUCCGCUCCUGUCGAAGCCGCCCAGCCAGCCGAGACAUCGUCCGCCGCAUCUGAGACCACCUCCGUGGCACCUGUCCCCACCUGGACCCCCAACGUGAACGUGCACAUGGCCGCGCAGAGCUCAACCCCCACCCCAUCCUGGACAACCAAGUCCGCGCCAGCCGCAACAACUGCACCAGCAGUCCCCAGCUCAUCCGGAACAGCCCCUCUCUACCCCUAUGCCAGCUCGUCAUGCCAGAAAUACUACACCGUUAUGGACGGUGAUUUCUGCGAAAAGUUGACCGAAACUGUCGGAAUCUCCUUCCCUGAUCUCCGCAGUUUGAACCCUGGCCUCAAUGAGAAGUGUUCGGAUCUGUGGCUCGGAUAUCAGUACUGUAUCAAGGCUUAA